UAACAAGGGGUGUGGCCGGCCAGAGGCGUAGCUUCGGGCUUGGCACUUGAAGGAUGGCAUCCAGUUGGGCGCACGCGCGGUUCCGCUAGGAGGAGUGACCUGGAGCUAUGGCGACUGCAGCGGUACACCCUGCGUCUCUGCGACUGCGGCUGCUCCUCUCGCCCUUGAAGUCCAGGACCCGCGUGCCGCAAACGGAGCCCGCAGCCACCUUCGGCACUGCAGUGACUUCGGCCAAGGUGGCUGUUAAUGGCGCUCACCUGCAUUACCAGAGAACGGGAGAAGGGGAGCAUGCAGUCCUCCUGCUCCCUGGGAUGCUGGGAAGUGGAAGCACCGAUUUUGCACCACAACUUCAGAACCUAAACAAGAAGCGCUUCACAGUGGUGGCCUGGGACCCUCGAGGAUACGGACAGUCCAGACCCCCAGAUCGAGACUUCCCACUGGACUUUUUUGAAAGGGAUGCAAAGGAUGCUGUUGACUUGAUGAAGGUGCUGCAGUUCAAGCAGGUCUCCCUCCUGGGCUGGAGUGACGGGGGCAUAACUGCACUCAUUGCUGCUGCUAAGAACCCAUCUUACAUCCGCAAGAUGGUGAUCUGGGGAGCGAACGCCUACGUCACUGAAGAAGAUUGCAGGAUUUACCAGGGUAUCCGAGAUGUUUCUAAAUGGAGUGAGAAGGCAAGGAAGCCUCUGGAAGCCCUGUAUGGAUAUGACUACUUUGCCAAAACCUGUGAGAAUUGGGUGGAUAGCAUCAGCCAGUUUAAAGAGCUGCCAGAUGGUAACAUCUGUCGGCACCUGCUGCCCCUGAUCCAGUGCCCAACCCUCAUUGUGCACGGGGAGAAGGAUCCAUUGGUCCCACGCUUUCAUGCUGACUUUCUUCACAAGCAUGUAAAAGGAUCACGGUUGCACCUGAUGCCAGAAGGCAAGCAUAAUCUGCAUUUACGUUUUGCAAAUGAAUUCAACAAGUUGGCAGAAGACUUUCUACAGUGAAAUUACAGGAAGUCUUUGGUUUCUGGGUGAUUCUGUAUUGAAGGAUCAUGUCUUUGUCUGUUACUUGGGUGCUCCAAUAUGCCUGCCUUGCUUCUCUCCUCAGUUCAUAGACCACAAGGCUUCCCACACUCACCAUGAUAUAACUGAGUGCAGGCAGGGAAAAAAGCAUACCUAAAUCAGGUUGUAGCUUUAAUGGCUACAAAAAAAUGAAUACUGGCAUUUGAAAUGUUAGAUUGUGAGUUUCUAUCAUUGUCUUAAAAGUAAAUUCUUACCAUAAUUUAUUUUCAAAUAAAUUUAUGUGAAACGGG